UAAAACAGCAGUUGGGCUUAUCCUUCCCUUCUCCGUGAGUCUCUCGCUCUCUCUCAACUGGAAGUAAGAAAGAGCCUCUGCUGCUCCUGCUCUAAUACCUUAUCUAUAAGAACAAGAAGGAGGAGGAUAAAAGGCACAGCAAGAAGAAUAACCAGUGAAUAAGGAAUGGCAGUACAGCUCCACCAUUUGCUUUCACCUAUUAGAGAUAAUAAAUUCAAAGACUUUCCUUCAUUUCCUUUUAUCACUGCUCAUUCCGAAUACAAACCAACCACCUACACUGAGGUUUCUUCCACUUGUUCUUGUCUCUCAUCCAAGUUUUUAAAGUACCCUUCUCAGCUACAUGGUGGUGGUUUUCAAAGUAGUAUUAGUAGAGCUUCCCGAAGAGAUGAAAGAGUCUUGUCUGAUGAUGGGAAGAAAAAACGACGAGAAGAAUUUAGUGAGAGCGAUGAUGAUGAUGAUGAUUACUCGUCGAUAAAAGGUAAGGUGAAUGACCCCUAUCUUAUGGAUGCUGAAGAGAGACGGGAGUGGAGAAUGAAAAUUAGAGAAGUGAUGAAAAAGCAUCCUGAUGUGGAUGAGGAUGAGGAGCUUGAUUCUGAAGAAAAGAGGAUGAGAAUGGAAAAGCUUUUGGCUGAUUACCCCCUUAUUGUGGAUGAGGAUGAUCCUGAUUGGCCUGAAGACGCUGAUGGGCGGGGCUUCGGUUUGGAUCAAUUCUUCAACAAGAUUACUAUCAAGAAUAAGAAGAAGGAUGAUGAUGAUGAGAAUUAUGAUAGUGAUAAAGAGAUUGUGUGGCAAGAUGAUGAUUACAUCCGUCCAAUAAAAGACAUUACCACUGCAGGAUGGGAGGAGGCUGUAUUCAAAGACAUCAGUCCUUUGAUUGUCUUAGUACAUAAUCGCUAUAAAAGACCAAAGGAAAAUGAAAAUAUUCGAGAUGCACUGGAGAAGGCUGUGCACAUAAUUUGGAAUUGCAGACUACCUUCACCAAGAUGUGUUGCGAUUGAUGCUGUUGUUGAGACUGAUUUGGUCUCUGCUCUAAAAGUUUCUGUCUUCCCAGAAAUUAUUUUUACUAAAGCAGGAAAGAUCUUGUACCGUGAGAAAGCCAUUCGAACUGCAGAUGAAUUUUCAAAAAUAAUGGCAUACUUCUAUUAUGGAGCUGGCAAGCCACCUUGUUUGAAUGACAUUGGAGAUAGCCAGGAAUUGAUCCCAUCUGUUCAUGACAUCACUCGUUGUGAACACCACAAGAGCAGAAGGCUUUGUGAUAGUGGAAGCGAAAGGCAAAGAGCUGUUACCUAUGAAAGCCAGAACCUGAACCAGAAGUAGAUUCCCAGCCAAAAUAAGCGUUGUAUUUUGAAGAAGUUCCACCUUUAAUGUCUGGUACUGAGUAAACACCUCUGUCAUUUGCAUCCACAUAAUCAGACUGCAAGGCUCCUGCAAUAAGGGUGUCAUCAAAUGCUGUCAUAUGGGGGUAGGCUUCACUUGCCGGACAUUUAUUUGUGUCUCUCUUUGAACACUGGCGGCAAAGGUUAUCACUCUUCAAUCCAUCUACACGAGAACGAGUCAAAGCCAGGACAAGCAGGACGACAGAUAAGCAGCAUCUAUCCAUGUAUACAAUCUUCGCAAUUGCCUAGUAUUUCCCUCGCUUUAAUUUUCCCUAGCUUGUUGGCGAUUCCAUAUAUGAAUUACAUGGUGACUUAUAUAAUCCCUCAGGUUCUUGGUUUAAUCAACUUCCCUCUGUUUUACCAUUUGGCUUGUCUAUCUUGUGUGGCUGACAACCAGAAUACAUGACGUAAUACGUAGUUGGCUUUGUUCCUUGUGAAUAUUUUAUUAAUGUGCGCUUAGAUGAUAACAACAUUGAGUUCUGUUAA